AUCCCUAAGCGAAAGUCACGUGAUUAUGUACAUGAAGUAUGCAAUGACACGUUUGUUGACAUUGAUUUACAAAUAAAUUCUAAAGGCACUUUUUAAAGUUAAGUACAAAAUGACAGUUAUUGAGAAGGAUUGGGCUUUGCACCACCUUGCUGCCAUGCAGUUUGUAGCUGGUGGUUGCGCAGGUUUUGUGGAAGUGUCAAUAAUGCAUCCUUUGGAUUUGGUGAAAACAAGAUUUCAAAUACAGAGGGGACCAGAGGAUCCAAAUAGAUACACAUCUCUGGCUGAUUGUUUCAAGAAAAUGUACAGAACUGAAGGACCUCUGUCAUUUUACAAAGGAAUAUUACCUCCAUUGUUAGCUGAGACACCAAAAAGAGCUGUAAAAUUCUUCACAUUUGAACGUUACAAACAUUUAUUUGCAUAUGGAGGAUAUUUACCUCAAUCUAUGAUAUUUGCAUUGGCUGGACUCUGUUCUGGAUUAACAGAAGCUGUAGUUAUAAAUCCAUUUGAAGUUGUUAAAGUAAAGUUACAAGCAGAAAGAAAUGUUGUGAUAGCUCAGCAAAAGAGCACAUAUGCCACUGCUCGUGAAAUAUUACGAGAACAUGGGUUUGGAUCACAAGGUCUGGGAAAAG